GAAGGACAGAAGAAACUUCUGAUCCUGGUGGAAACAAAAGAGAUGAUUCUGGCAGUGGUGUUCCUGUGUCUCACAGCUGUGCUGCCCCCAUCCACUGGACAGGAAACUGCAGCUCUCAGUGCUCUGUCAAGCAGCAGAGCAGAGCAGCAAAAGUUGAUUGUUGACAGACAUAAUGCCCUCAGGAGAGGAGUAAAACCAACUGCCAGCAACAUGAUGAAGAUGGAAUGGUGUCCUGCAGCUGCAGAGAAUGCUCAAAAUUGGGCCAAUCAAUGUACUUUAAGGCACAGUCCUCCUAAUCUGAGGAGAACCAAUGUACUAUGUGGUGAAAAUCUUUUCAUGUCCUCUGCCCCGUCCUCAUGGUCAGAUGUUCUUCAGGCCUGGUACAAUGAGGAGAAAAAUUUUGAAUAUGGAAUUGGGGCAAAACCAAAAGGUGCUAUGUUUGGCCAUUACACUCAGAUGGUUUGGCACAAUUCUUAUAAAGUUGGAUGUGGUUUCUCUUUCUGCAGCAACACUACGUACAGUUACUUUUAUGUCUGCCAGUACUGCCCCGCGGGAAACCUAAUAAGAUCAAUGAAGACACCCUACAAGGAAGGAGAGCCCUGUGGGGAUUGCCCCAGUGCUUGUGAGGAUGGAUUAUGCACCAAGCCUUGAAAGUUUGAAGAUGCUUUUUUCCAACAUUGCUGGUAAAGUGUCCAGGAUGUACCCAGAGCUUCAUCAAGUCUGCUCCUGUGAAUGCAAAACUGGGAUAAAAGGACAGGCUCAAUUUUUACCUUCUUGGACAUCCAUCUCCUUAAUGAAUUCUUCCACAAACAUCCUGCCUCUCCAACAUAUGCA